UCGUGUAUUAAUAACAAUCGUUGUCAACGUGGUAACAACUCGAGAAUUUAUUUUCAUAACUAUCUGUGUGCGUAAAAGUUAUCAAACUGAUAUUUCGCUUAAAAGGAAGUAGUCUAGCUAUCCGUUUAUUUUCCUUAGUUUGGCAAGUGAACCAAUAAAACUACCUAUAAACCUCGGUAUAUUUUCCAUGUAUUAUGUGAAAUCUACUUUCAUUCGUCGGUUGUUCCGUCAACUGGUCGGAAUCAGUUAUGAACUGUCUUGUCUGUCGAAUUUUGUGACGUACGCUUUUGUAUUAAAUAAUUAACAAGUCCAGCGUUUCCAUUAAACACUGUUGUGCUUUUAAUUAUACACUUUAUUAAAUUUUUAUUAAGUUUUAAUCAAAAGCCCAAACUAAACAAAACUAUGCUGUGAUAAUGAGUGUUUUACAUAAAACGAAGUGCUAGAAAACAGACCCUUCUUCAAAAUUAUAUGAAAACUAACGACACUUUUUAAUUUAAUAACAUGGUUCAAUUAAAGAAGCUGUUUUAAACAAACAAAGUACGCAAUGGGAAAAUUUUCCGGUAAAAAAUGUCGGCUUCUAUCGAUGCUGUGGCUGACGACAGCGUUCUUCUUCGUCGAAAUUGUAGUAGGUUACAUAACAAAUUCGAUGGCCUUAGUGGCCGACAGUUUUCACAUGUUAAGCGAUGUUGCUGCCCUAAUGGUAGCCUUCGUUUCAGUCAAGAUGUCUCCGAAAAAAUGGUCGAAAAACACGUUCGGUUGGGCCAGAGCUGAAGUCCUCGGAGCACUCGUCAACGCUGUCUUCCUCGUAGCUCUUUGCUUUUCCAUAACAGUGGAAGCUUGCAAAAGGUUCAUCGAGAGCGAGGCUAUCCACGACCCCCAACUUUUAGUCAUAGUCGGUGCAUUGGGACUACUAGUUAACGUCAUAGGAUUAUUCCUGUUCCAUGAACAUGGAAGCAGUCACGGUCACUCCCACGGGCGUCUAGCGCACAGCAGAAAUCGUCUCACACAACUCGCCAUGACGGACGAUAACGAGAACGACGAAACUUACCCAAGUCCUCCGCCAGAGAAGUCUUCGCACGGACAUUCGUACAGUACUGCCGGACAAAUGAAUAUGCGUGGAGUGUUUCUUCAUGUGCUGUCGGAUGCUUUGGGCUCCGUUAUUGUAAUUAUAUCGGCGUUGGUGUUUUGGCUAACUUCGUGGAAAUACAGAAAUUACAUAGAUCCAGCUUUGAGCAUAUUGCUGGUAUUGUUGAUAAUGAAUUCUGUGUGGCCGUUAUUGAGAGACUCUGCGCUUAUUUUGCUACAAACUGUACCUACACAUAUACAAGUUGAUGCCAUACAGAGGAGGCUCCUGGCUAAAGUGGAUGGAGUAGUGGGAGUCCAUGAGUUCCACGUCUGGCAGUUGGCUGGCGACAGAAUCAUCGCCUCUGCUCAUAUUAAGUGCCGAAAUCUGUCUGAAUAUAUGAAAAUAGCAGAAAAAGUAAAAGAAUUCUUCCACAAUGAAGGUAUACACUCGACGACAAUCCAACCGGAGUUUAUAGAUUUUAGAGCGUUUCCGGAAGUCACCGAUAACGACCAAACCGAAGACUGUGUUCUAGACUGCCCAAAAACCACAGAUAGCGAUAACUGCGUUCAAAACACGUGCUGCGGACCAUCAAAACAAGGGCGUGAUACACCGUCGCCAAAUAACACCCCGUAUAUGGUUCGGCAGAGGGGGAACUCGAGCAAUAGUUCCAGCAAUUCGCAGGAAAUGAACGAAAUGGAAGCAGGCGUUCUGUUGGAAAAAGGUAAUUCUUCUUCGCAGAAGGACUAUAGUUGUAUUUCGAGAGGGUCGCAGUGUUCACAGUACUCAGUCAGGUCUGGUUCAGAGUCCAAUUUCUGAUACUUUGACUACUAAUGAAUUACUAGUUCGUAAUAAGAGUCGCAGUUUGCAUCGUUAACAUACAUCAUCAUUGUAGUUACCUUCAUCAUUAAGCCAUCUUUCUGCCUUACUUUGUUUAUAAAUAUGCUAUUACCAGUAAGCAUUCACAAGAACGGUUACUGAUUACUACAGUGUGAUUCUAGUCUUAGUGCAAUUUAAACGUGUCAGUUUGUAGGUAGUCAAACAGUUGUUGGUAAAGCAUAUUUUUUUAGAUAAGAUAACAGUCACAGAAAGUAAAUAAUGUGAUUUGAAAUAAUUAUAGGAAUUCUGCCAAUUUCAUCCUUUAAAACUGUAAAUUAACUGAAAUUUAAAACUGUUGUUUUGGGUACUUACUAUGUAUCAUAACGUGUAAAUUAAUUACUAUGUGAUGUAUGAGAUUUAAAAAACGAUAUUUAUAAGAAUACGUCGCAGUUGUUCACAGAAUGUAGAUCACCGAUUACGUGAGUAUAUGUAAAGUUUGUUAAUAUUUACAGGUUUUGUUAUCUAACACCAAUUGGUAGAAUACAUAAGGCGCCAUCUGGUGAUGAUAAUUAUAAUCUUAAAAUUUUAAAUUUGACAUAGCAGUCAACGAGAUGCAUUGCUACGUCCUUGAAACACUAGGUAAAGUACAAUGUUGUUUGUAAGAUAAUGUAUUUAGAUAAGUUUAAAAAAACAAUUUAUUUUGUAUAAUUGUAAGUAUUAUGUUACAUUUUUUAACACAAAUCUAGAAACAAAGUUGUACCUACAUUAAAAAUCACAGACAGUGUGCAACUUAUCAGUUAUGAAAUAAAACUAAAAAGGAAGACUAUAAAA